UCCGUAGCCAUCUGGCCCGAGCCUGCAGUACCGCACCGCCACCCCUUGCUCGAGCCGUCUCGCGCCUAUCCAAGCUACAUGGCCGUUGGAGCUCGUGACCGCGACGGCGACAAUGCGAUCAAGGACGGGCGCGGCUGGGCGAUGCGGCGUGGCCACUGCAGGCGGCUCCGGGGCGACCUGGGCCGCGAGAGCCAGCGCGGGCGGGCCACCUUUGCCAGGUCGCUGAACCGUUGCUGCAGGAGGCACAGCAGGUCCGCGCGGGACGGGCCCGGGCGGCUUCGCGAGCGGCGCGCGCUCAGCAGCGCCGUGCUCCUCCGUUGCGUGGGCGACUGGCAGCUCGCUGAGGAGGAAUACCCGCCCUGGUCGGAGGAAAGCACGGACGCUGGCUGCGCUUACUCAUUGUGCGGGGGCGGCGAGGGCGGCGACGCAUCGGCCGCCUCGGUCUGCAGCGUCGUCGACUCCGCGGAUUCGGCGACCACUGGCGACUGGGAACUGGUGGAGCCGCCGCAGCCCCGCCUCGAGCGCUCGGCCAGCGCGCCCGUCACUGCGCGCGAGUUCGGUGCCGCCGAGGCUAGCCGCAACCGUGCCCUCGUGCCGUUGCGGGCCUGGCGCCGCGUGUCGCUUACCAACGCCCAGGUGACCAGGUCGCACGGGCGCGCCCGCUGCUGGCGAUGGCUUCUGGCCGUCGAGCUGACCGAGCACAUCGCUGCCCUGGCGAGUGCGAGAAAGUCCUCGGCCACGCCGCUGCGGCAGCGCAGAUUCCUUCGGGAGGACAGGCUGGCUCAGACCCUGCGAACGCCUUUCGAUUGCCUCCGCCUGCAGUUUCUCGACGAGCAUGGCCAGGCCCUCCGCACAAGGAUCGGCCAGCACUUGGGCGUGCACCCCCAGAUGGUGAAGCUCACAAAUGCCCCAGUGGGCCCAGACCCGGUCGCCCGCUUCAUGGACGCGAAGGCGAGGCUGAAGGAUUGCAAGUUGUUGCCUGUCUACCACGGGACAGACUCCAGAAACUUCCAGUCGAUCUUCAGCAGGGGGCUGCUCAUCCCAGGGAGGGGCAACGAACUUCGAGUAGCACACGGCUCAGUACAUGGCCGGGGCAUCUACACGGCAGUUCUCGAGAACCCUGGGCGAUCCUUUUCCUAUUCCGGCGAGAGCCGCUCGCUGCUCGUCUGCGCCUGCUUGGAGGGGGGACGGAACAGCGACGUGCACCUGAAGCGGGUGUUCGGAACCAUCGUCGUCUUCGACCCUGACCGGGUCGUCCCCAUGUUCGUGGCCCACGACCCGUACAGGAGCGCCCCGGGCUGCGCCCCCCGCGGCGACCCGCCGCCUCCCCCAGAGCGCGCCGGCGCGGCGCGCGCCGCCCGCAGGCGGGCCCGGGCUGCUGCCCGUCGCGCCGUGGCCGCGGCCGCCGCCGCAGCGCCGCGCCUGCGGGCACACUGCGCGCGGCGGGCGGCGCGGCGGCGGAGGACGUGA